AUGUACUUUCCAACCGCCACCGCACGCCAGCUCUCAACAGUCGCUGCUCUCCCCAAUGUGCCUCCAGAGUCAGAGAAACUUGUUGCUCUUGCACCUAGCCCACGCAAGUCUUUGUUUUGCACCCUCACCAGGACAGGCGUGUCCAUUUGGCGCGUCAGACCCUCUGCUAUUCUCGCAUAUCUGUCGCGCACCCCGACUUCAAUUCUUGACCAUGGAGAGAAUAUUGCCGUUCAUUGGGCGCCAGACGGCGGACGACUCGUGAUACAAACCUCACAGUCGCAUCUGGUCCUCAUUUCAGUCAUAUAUCACGCUGAUUUACCCACACAAAUACCACCCUCACUUCCCAGCACCAGCCGUAACUAUUUCUUGCCAGGUCCAGGAGAAGCCCUGCCAUUACAAUGCGUCAGCUUGCGGUUUGAAGGUGUCAUAAAGGUAGACGGAGGACUCUUAUGCGUCUCUCCACGAAAACAUUAUAUCUUAUUUUCGACCAAAAGCCCGCCGGCAAUCCAACGGAUACCAUGGCCUAACAUCGAGGACGAAGACGCCGAUGACGAGCCAACGCAGAGUCGAGCAGUCUCUUACGAAAACUGGAUUUUCAACGAUCAAGACUUUGAUUUUCUUUUGGAUCCUGACGUAACGGCAACCCAAAUCCUCUACUCACGAUCGACGGGUGUGGAAACAUGGAUAACUUCCGAUGGACGAGCAUAUUUUGUCGGUCUGCGGGAUGAAGAAGUCAUGCCAACCUCGGAAAGUAUGGAGCAAAGUCCCAACCCAGCGCAGCACCAGAAGUCCUCUUCCGUUGAGUCUACUCCUGCCUCCAAAUCCGUCUGGCAAGGUACAUGCAUUCACGAUUUUGAAACGCCGCGAUGGGUUCAAAAGUCUCGGCGCAUUGAGCCUGAUGAAGAGGACGAAGACUCGGAGUUGAUCCAAGACGAGGACCAUUCUCUUUCCGACCAAGACAGUGCUAAAAGCAAAGGCAAGGCUCGCGCAGUCUACGAAGAACCUCGGCGCGCUGUCGCGGUCGCUAUCAAUAGCAAGUUCUCCCUCGUUGCAGUGGGGAUGACCAACGGUGCCAUUCAGCUGAGCUCCUUCCCAUCCGAACUGUCUUCUGUUGCCCCACCUUCCGCAACAUUGGAGCCACCCACGUCAUACAAUCGUGAAAGCGGCCCUGUUUGUACUAUGGAAUGGAGUGGGGAUGGCUACGUGCUUGCUGUCGGUUGGCGGGAAGGAUGGGCGAUAUUUAGUGUUGGAGGACGUUGUUUGGCGAAGGGUUUCGGGACGGACGACGACUCGCAUGAGGACAAGUCAAAAUUCCAGGACUCUUUUAUGUUUGGCGUACGCAACCUGUUCUGGGCUCCAGGAAACUUCGAGCUUCUUGUUCUGGCUAAUCCAAUGCCGCACAAAUUUGAUGGACAACUGUUUGUGAUUCCAUUUGCGAAGAGCGCAUCAACUGGUCAGCUCGCUCCUGACAACACGCGAUAUGCUUUCUUACAAAUGGAUGACCGAGUGCUCGUUUAUCGUGGCGCAGAUCAACCAGAUAUGAGUGUCAUUAAUCCUGAGUCGGAUGUGUGGCAACACAUUAAGAUACCUCAAAGCUAUUUAGCAACUAAUUGGCCCAUUCGGUAUUCUUCGCUGAGUAGUGAUGGACGCCUCAUCGCAAUAGCGGGGCGGCGAGGGCUCAUUCAUUAUAGCUCGACUUCUGGUCGCUGGAAGCUAUUUGCGGACGAAAUCCAGGAGCAGGCCUUCAUCGUUAAAGGCGGUAUGGUCUGGUUCCAUCAUGUUCUAAUUGCGGCUGUCGAAGUAUCCAAGUCGUAUCAAAUUAGACUUUACUCACGCGACAUGGAGCUGAGCAAUCAGAAUGUCCUCCAUCGCGAAAUUGUGUCUUGUCCUGUUGUCAUCAUGUCGCUGGUAGACAACUCGCUCCUCGUCUACACGGCCGACAACACCCUGUUCCACUAUCUCAUUGUGCCUACAGCGGAUACAAUCAAGCUACACCUGUGUGGAAGCAUCACAUUCAACGGAGUUAUAGCUGUCCCCAGUGCUGUCCGAAUGCUGAGCUGGAUGAUUCCCAGCGCUCAAAAGCAACUUGGAGAUCCUGUGGACGAUCUAGCUGUAGCCACCGUGUUGAUGGUUGUGGGCGGUCAGCUAAUACUGCUGCGUCCCCGAAAGGCCGGCGAUCAAGAAGUCAAGUACGACAUGCAGAUCUUCGCGGACCGAAUCGAAUUCUGCUGGACCCAUCUUCGAGGCAUCAAUACCUUGGAGAACUCUCUUUGGGCGUAUGACGGACAGGGUAUCCGGGUUUGGCUCAACGCCCUCUCUAUAGAGGGACCGCGAGAAAACAACGCAGAAACUCAGGAAACGGUCAAAGAGAGUGUCAACAUCCCGUUGGAUUUUUACCCGUUAUCUGUGCUUAUGGACAAGGGUAUCAUCAUUGGCGCUGAACCAGAGGUAGCCACUCGGGCCAAUCUUCCGUUUGUGAUGUUCAGGCAUGCGACCAGCUCACAUUUAUUCCUUCAUCACAUUUUGCUGUACCAUCUAGAAGCGCGACAGGUCCAUGAAGCGGUGGUUUUCGCCUCGCAUUACCAAUCGCUCGUGUUCUUCGCCCAUGCUCUGGAAAUCCUGUUGCAUACGGUUGUGGAAUGGGACGAGCCGACAGACGCAUCGGAGGCAGAGGCGGUAUUACGUAACGUUGUCGAAUUCCUCGACCACUUCGAUGCUGCCUUGGAUGUCGUUGUCGGGUGUGCGAGGAAGACUGAGAUGACACGCUGGAAGCGGCUAUUUAGCAUUGUGGGAAAUCCAAAGCUGCUCUUCGAGACCUGUCUCGACUCCCAGCGGCUCAAGACUGCCGGUUCGUACCUAUUGGUGCUGCACAAUUUAGAGCAACUUGAUGAGGGGCAUGGCGAUGUCAUACGCCUUCUUGAGAGCGCUGUCGUCGUGAAGGACUGGCAAUUGUGUCGAGAAUUGCUUAGGUUCUUACACACUGUGGACGACACUGGAGUAGCGCUGGAGAAUGCCCUUGCGCAUGUCAAAGCUCUGGAUAACAAAGCAAAUGGGCCAUAA